AUGGCGAAUUUCUCCGAUCGAAUAUUCAACUCCGUCAUUCUCACCUUCUUCGCUCUAUGCAUCCUCUUCCCCAUCUUCACAACCUCACAACAAGACCACGAAGAAUCAUCAUCCGUUCUCCUGUUACCGUCCGCCACCGCCGGCGAGGAACAGACUAUGUGUUCCGGAACGACACCGUCGUCAUGUCCGGCGAAAUGCUUCCGUACGGAUCCCGUUUGCGGAGCCGACGGUGUAACAUACUGGUGCGGAUGCUCUGAAGCCGCCUGCGCCGGAGCUAAAGUUGCUAAAUUGGGGUUCUGUGAAGUGGGGAAUGGUGGAUCCGCGAAUUUUCCUGGUCAGGCUCUACUUUUGGUUCACAUUGUGUGGCUGAUUGUGUUAGGGUUUUCGGUUUUGUUUGGGGUUUUUUAG